CUGACAAUGGCAAACCGAAACCCGAAGCCGUGUGGCGCCAGGGUUUCUGCGUGGGUUGUGGGUUUCUUCCCCCUCAGCCACGAGUGGUGGGGAAAGCAAAACACUUGGGGAAUGAGGUGUUUUCAUAACGUCAUUUGUUUAGUCUAGAUGAGGAAUGUUGCUUUUUCGCGACAGGAAAGCUGUGGAUUCCAGAAGCUGGAACUCCGACCAGAGACUAUCCUGCACCGGGGGGUCCUGCAUCCCGGGAAUCCACCUAGAGGGUGGCGGGAAUCCCGUGGGGCGACACCGACCUCGGUGGCUCCGGGCCGGUUCUGAGUGCUCAGGAAGUCCCAGACGCGGAGGAAUGCCUGUCUGGGGCGGUGGAAAUAAGUGCGGGGCCUGCGCCAGGACCGUGUACCACGCCGAGGAGGUGCAGUGCGAUGGGCGGAGCUUUCACCGCUGCUGCUUUCUGUGCAUGGUUUGCAGGAAAAAUCUAGACAGCACAACAGUGGCGAUCCACGAUGACGAGAUCUACUGCAAAUCCUGCUAUGGAAAAAAGUAUGGCCCAAAAGGCUAUGGUUAUGGCCAAGGCGCUGGCACGCUCAACAUGGACCGCGGCGAGAGGCUGGGCAUCAAGCCAGAGAGUGCUCAGCCGCACAGGCCUACAACAAAUCCAAACACUUCUAAAUUUGCCCAGAAAUAUGGAGGUGCUGAGAAGUGUUCCAGGUGUGGGGAUUCUGUCUACGCUGCCGAGAAGAUAAUCGGAGCUGGAAAGCCCUGGCACAAAAACUGCUUCCGAUGUGCCAAGUGUGGGAAGAGUCUCGAAUCCACAACUCUGACUGAGAAAGAAGGUGAAAUCUAUUGUAAAGGGUGCUAUGCAAAGAACUUUGGGCCCAAGGGAUUUGGCUAUGGUCAAGGAGCAGGGGCCCUUGUUCAUGCUCAGUGAUGGUGUAAACCCAGAACGAAGCACCGUGCACACCGACUCGUCACUACCAAACACAGAUGACUUUAUGGCACUCACUACUGUGAAAGUCCACCAGCAUGCAGCACUGUGCGGCCACCCCUCUCCUUGCACAGGCAGCUGGACCCGGCAGCGCUGCGCCCCCACUAGCUGAUUCACUAGCAUUUAAGAGCAUUUCUUUUACGUUUGAAAUAAAGUUUCGGCUUGAUUUGUGUGCCUU